ACAUCUUGUUACCAGAUAACAUACACCGAUCCAAGACUGCCUCGGUAUAGCCAAGGGACAUUGGCAACGUUAGUUUGUUCGCCAGGCUAUACUUUAUCAGGCUCAUCUAGCGCCACAUGCGUGAGUGGUGUCUUGACUCCAGGUAUCCCUAUUUGCUUUCAGAUCGCAUUUUCCACUACUUCUACUUCAAGAGGGUUCGCUCCUGGAACGACGGCAGCACUUAGGUGCGCAUUUGGUCGAUGGGUGGUUGGCCCAUCAUUCUCCACCUGUACUCGUGGAGUAUUUCGACCGUUACUGGGUAAAUGCAGUGAUGGCAGAGAAGAAGCUCUACCAGGAGUCUGCAUGCCAUUGACACCGCCUACUAACGGACUGAUCACCUACAUCCAAGCAGGGAGACAAGAGAACUUUGAAAUUGGAACAACAGCUUUGCUCUACUGUAUGGCUUCGCAUGCCGUGACCGGACAAGCCACAGUAGUCUGUUCCAAAGAUGGUUGGCAACCAUCCAGUGGGCUAGGCACUAUC